AUGAGAAGAAUUUACGUUGUUCGACAUGCUGAACGUGAAGACAACGUAAAUUCAAAAUGGCAUCGGGAUUAUCCCGAUUUUACGAGUGAUAACUCACCUUUAUCAGCGCGAGGACGAAGUCAGUGUGAGGAUUUGAGGAAAUAGUAGGUUUUUAUAUUUAUAAUUCAUUAAUAUUUGUGAAUUUCACUUAUUCUACGCUAUCUUUUGAAUGUUUUUGAUGUUAACAUUGUUUUAGUUUUGAGAAAAUUGAAAUCUCUUCAAUAUACGCUUCUCCAUUUGACAGAACAAUGGAAACAGCUUCAAUUUUGCUUGGGAAGAAAGAGAACAAGAUCAAAGUAGAAGCAGGAUUUAUUGAAGUAAGUUAACUUUUACUUUUAUCUGUUUUACCUUUAGAUAAUGUACCUCUGCGAGGAUCCACCUGGUUACUGGCCAACAGAUCAAUUGGCUACAAAGUUUCCGAAAGUUGAUUUAUCUUAUAAGCCAGUCUUUCAAGCACCAUUACCUCCAGAACCAGAUGAUUGUUUGGACAGGGUGGACAAGACCUUGCACAAGAUCAUCGAAAGAGAAGAAGACGCUGAGAACAUUGUUAUAGUGUCUCAUGGGUCACCUGUAGCCAGUAUUUAUGAGAGUUUGACUGGUCGGUAUCAAUACAUUGGACAAACUACAAUUAGUAUAUUUGAGGAGACUGGAUUGGGAUCUGGAAAGUUUGUUUGCAUUCAACGAGCUGGACGAGAUCACUUGUCACGGGAUAAUAAACUAAAUUUACGGGGUUAG